CCAACGUCUCCCACCUCUACAGGCCGAGGAACCCUCUCGGAUGAGCACGCCGGCAUCAUCUCCGUCCUUGCCCAGCAGGCAGCCAAGCUCAGCUCCGACCCGACCGAUAUACCCGUGGUGUGCCUGGAGUCGGACAGUGGGAAUAUCAUGAUCCAGAAGCACGACAGCAUCACCGUAGCAGUGCAUAAGCUGGCAUCCUGA